UCCAUUCAGGCAGGAUGCUGCUGUCCGAGCAGAAUUGUAAAGGUGAAAGAGAGCAAAACUAAAAACUCUCUCUAAUAGCUUUUAUUCUUCUUUAUUUUUCACUUUCAUUUGAGUGAUCGAAGCGGAUGCAGCUUCAGAUCGGCUUCAGAAGUUGGACAGUCAGAGAUUUGCGUGCCAUGACUCUUGGAUUUGGACAUUCUCCAGGCAGCGCGCAGCAGACGGCGUGGAUCGUUUUAAAAAGCAUCACGCGUGUCCGGAGGGCGAUAAAUCAACAUGUGGCUGUUUAAAUAAAAUAAAGGAGGGCAUGGAUGAAUAGUGAUCUCCAUCCGAACAGCUGAUAUUUACAGUUAUGGAAUGAAAACACUAUCCUAAGAUAUAAUGGAUGAGAGAUCCAGCAAGCUCAUCUUGGUUCCCAUCUUGGCUGUCCUUUUUGUUAUGAUAGGUUAUCAGUACAUAUGUCCUGCGGGCAGCAAUUCAUGCCACUUUAAGUCCGGGGAGAGAUUCAGAGGGGUGAGCCUGCUUUCCUCCCCUUAUCAGGACACGGACGACUUCUACAGAGAUCCCGAUCUGGACGAUGACGGUCCGCCACGUCUGCCGUACAAAUUCAACUUCACCGAGAGAGACCUGGACAGGCGCGUGGAGUUCAACAUCAAAGGAGACGACGUGAUCGUGUUCCUGCACAUCCAGAAGACCGGAGGGACCACUUUCGGUAGGCACCUGGUGAGGAAUAUCCGAUUGGAACAGCCGUGCGACUGCAAGCCCGGCCAGAAGAAGUGCACCUGUCACCGGCCGGGCAAAGAGGAGUCCUGGCUCUUCUCCCGGUUCUCCACAGGCUGGAGCUGCGGGCUGCACGCAGACUGGACCGAGCUCACCAACUGCGUCCCGGUGGUGAUGGAUAAGAAGGAGGCCCAGAGGAAUAAAAGGAACUUCUACUAUAUCACCAUGCUGCGAGACCCAGUCUCCCGCUACCUGAGCGAGUGGAAACAUGUCCAGAGAGGAGCCACAUGGAAGACAGCACUCCAUAUGUGUGAUGGACGCUCACCGACCCAGGAUGAGCUGCCUACCUGUUACAGUGGCGACGACUGGUCUGGUGUCACCCUGAAAGAUUUCAUGAACUGCCCCUCAAACUUGGCCAACAACCGGCAAGUGCGGAUGCUGGCUGAUCUGAGCUUAGUGGGUUGCUACAACCUUUCCUCAAUGAAUGAGAGCCAGCGUAACCACAUCCUUUUGAGCAGCGCCAUGAGCAACCUGAAGAACAUGGCGUUCUACGGCCUGACUGAGUUCCAGCGCAAGACGCAGUACCUGUUUGAGCGGACGUUCAGCCUGCGCUUCAUCUCCGCCUUCACGCAGAUUAACAGCACAAGGGCGGCCAACGUGGACCUGAGCGAGGCUGUACGCAGACGCAUCGAGGAGCUCAAUUUCUUGGACGUUCAGCUGUACGAGUAUGCGAAGGACCUGUUCCUUCAGCGGUUCCAGUACACCCGGCAGAGGGAGCACCAGGAGGUGCGCUUGAAGAGGCGUGAGGAGAGACGCUGGUUGAGGGAGCAAAGGGAGCAGGGCAGGCCAUGGCCUUCUAAACACAAAGGGAGAGUUUUUGAGAAACAAACUGAAAAUGACCUGCCCACUACCACUGAGGAUUAUACGAGCCAAGUGGUCCGUUGGUGAGGCUCCGUUAAACAGAGAGCUGCGACAGAUGAGAUGUUAUGUCUCUUGUACAUCGUAGGACUCUCUUUGUUCUUCACCAUUAUUCCAUCUACCGCAUCAGUCUGUUAAGUUUGGUAUUAGAGCUUUGUUUCAUUUAGAAUAUUCUGCAUCUUUUGAAGUCUUGGAGAGCCUUUAGUGUCUUAUACUUUUAAAUGCUGUCCAAACAUUGUUUCAUUUAACUACUGCCUUAGUUUUACUUUGCAAAAGGAUAAUGCAAACAAACAGAAAAUGCAGACGGCAGUGAUUUUGAUAUUCACAGGAUGUUUCUGAAUGUCUUUGAGGUUAAUAUUAGUGUGCCAGCAGCUUUCACUACAACUGACUUUAUAUAGUUGAGUCCCAGGCAUCAUAUGUGGAUGGGAAAAGUAGCCUUGGACGUCUGUUUUUAUUUUUGAAACAUAGAAAAUGGAAUACAGAGUUUAUCUAUCUAUAAAACAAAGCAUUUCCUACAUCUGUUGUUCACUCACCCCGCUACCCAGAUUCAGCCGUUGAAAUCUAAAGUAUACAAUUAGUAAGGAAUAUAAAAAGGUUAGAAAAAUGGAAGAUUAAGUAGAGUCAUGUGGUUGGCCUUUUUCUUUCCUCUAAGCUGCUUCAACUGGAUAAUGUUGCUUGCAAAGAAUUUUCACAGAGCUUGAUAUGAUGUGUCUGUCUGCCAAUCAAGCCUAGCGAUUUACAAGGCAACUCUUUUAAGGUCAUGCUCUGUUUUCAUGGGUACGACUUGUAUAACUGUAAUAUAUCCGCAAUGUCCGCAAUGCUUUGUUGAUCCAAGGCAUCUGGAUUUUUUCUUAUAAAAUAAGGGCCUGAUUAUCAAGGAUUACAAAUAAGGAGGGCUAAACUGCUUGUGCACAGAAACCCCAACCGACUGUAGAAUAGUGGGCAUGUUGUGGUUGAUCUAUAAAAAUUGCAUGCUCAGCAGAUAACAGGUACAACACUGGUUAGGGUCACCCAAUACAUGAGAGGAAGUCUUGUGUGCUACUUGCAGUUCUGGGACACAAGGUAACUGUAAAAGAGAGAUUACUUUAACUCAACUUUCAAAGACAUUGAUUUGGAGGUAAUAACAAACAGUAGUAAUGGAGAAAUAGUUACAAUGAUGAUAACAAAUAUUAUGCACUUUUCUUAUUGUUUUCUUAUUAUAGUAUUGCAAACUGCUACACAAUUUAUAAAAAAGAAAACUUUAAAUAAUAUAUAUUGCAUUUGAAA